CGAAACGCUCCAGUGAGAGUUGGAGGUCUUUCAUACAUAAUUAACCAUAUUCAGAAAGAUGUUCAGGUUCUAGAACAAUGGGAUGACUUAGUUAUCUAUUCAACAAUCAAAUGUCAUGGAUUUUGGAAUUAACUGGAAAUCUGAAAAUGAUGCUCUAUAAUCAACCACUUGAAAGAGGAGAGAGGUUCACAUACCUAGGGGUUUGGUUUAAUGAUCACAUUUCAUGGAAACAGCGGUCACUGUAGUAUAGGAAUUUAUAUCCCAGAAUUUAAAAGAAAGUAUGAAUUUAGAAAAACUAAUUAUUUAUCUGUUUACGUGAUAUUAAGUGAAAUGGUUGGAAAUAAAACCCCUUAAAUCAAUUAUAUGUACAGACUCCAUCUGCAAACUCUUGCAAAGUUUUGAGGGGACAUCCUCUCGAGAUGACCUCAUACUAGAAAUAAAAUACCUGUUAGAAAAUAUUAGAAGCCUAGGGAUCAUAGCUCGGUUUUGCUGGGUCCCAGCACAUAUUGGAAUAAAGGGGAAUGAAAUGGCUGAUAAAGUAGAAAAAAAUUGGAAAAAGAACAUAUAGGCAUUAAGGUUCCAUUAGGAAAAGGUGAAGCUAAAAGUUUAAUAAAGAUCGAGACCAUGCAAAGGUGGCAAGGUGAAUGGGAAUCUGACCCUAAAGCUGGACAAUACCAUAAAAUACAACGCCAGGUAGGAGGGAAAAGAGUCUCCACAUUGGUCUUUGACAGAAGAGAGGAAGUGGUACCAGACUAAGACUAGGUCGUACAGGUCUUAAUUCCACACUUAAGAUGAUAGGAAAAGGUGAUGGAUUCUGUACUGAAUGUAAAGCUAAAGAAGAUGUUGUUCAGACAUAUUCUUUUUAACUGUAAGAAAAAUAAUAAGUUCAGAAUGAAAUGUCAAGAGGUCGAAGCUGAAAAUGAGAGGCUUAUAAAUGAUAUUCUAGAGGAACAAGGGAUGCAUCGAGACAGAAUCAAAGCUUUUGUUAUAUUUCCGAAUGAUUCAGGUCUAAUGAAAAUAAGUUAUUUAUUUUUUUAACAAUAGUCUAGCCAUGCCAUAAGUCAAUUUACACGCUUCUGUAUAGUAGGUGGCGGUAUACGCUACUAUCGCGGUAACCCGCCAAAUAGAAGAAGGAGAAGAAAUAGAGAUGCUUCACCUGGGAGGCCUCCUCUUCAGGGCGCUGAUUGUCUGGAUUGAUUUCAGGUGUGGAGCCACACACCACGCUUCAGGGCUGCUGUGUUUCUGCUUGCUCGAGCGAAAAAGGAGCAUCCAUCGUGCAUCGGCAGGAGUGGAGACAAGCUGCUCUUCCCCAUGUCGACGGCGGUCUGAACACACCGGCUUGGGAAUGGCUUGCAGACUCACCUGCUCAAAAGUGUUGCGCUUUUUUCGGAGCCUGACCCGAAAGAAGCCUCUGAAGCCCGAGGGUGAGGUGUCCAACUUCUGCUGUUGCUUGACCACCUUAGACCUGGUUGGCCUGGGCAUCGGCAGCACGCUUGGAGCCAGCGUCUACGUACUAUCUGGAGAGGUGGCCAGGAAAGUGGCCGGCCCCAGCAUCAUCAUCUCCUUCCUGGUUGCGGGGGUGGCCUCCAUCUUUGCCGGGUUAUGUUACUCAGAGUUUGGGGCCCGGGUGCCCAAGACUGGCUCAGCUUACCUCUAUAGCUAUGUGACUGUGGGGGAGGUGUGGGCCUUUGUGGCUGGCUGGAACCUGCUGCUGUCCUAUGUCAUUGGGACAUCUAGUGUGGCCAAAGCCUGGACGGGGACUUUUGAUGACCUUAUAGACAACAAUAUUUCUCAAACUCUAGAAGACCAUACACCAAUGGAGUCGCUUGGCUUGGCUUCAUACCCAGACUUUUUUGCUGCUGGGCUGAUUAUGUUGCUUGCUGGGGUUCUUGCUCAUGGUGUGAAGGAGUCAGCCGUCAUCAACACAGUUUUUACUGCAAUCAAUGUAUUGGUUUUAAUUUUUAUCAUCAUCGCUGGCUUUAUAAAAGGAGACCUCAACAACUGGCGCAGCAGUCGGGAGGUGAUCCUGGAUGCAAUUCUUCUCAUGGAGAACUUUACAACUGCACAAAAUGAAACCAUGGACUUUGGUGUUGGUGGCUUCUUCCCCUUCGGCUUUGAUGGCACAUUAGAAGGAGCAGCAACCUGUUUCUAUGCAUUUGUGGGAUUUGACUGCAUCGCCACAACAGGGGAGGAGGUGAACAACCCACAAAAAGCCAUUCCUCUUGCAAUCGUGGCGUCACUGCUCAUCUGUUUCUUGGCCUAUUUCGGCGUAUCAGCCGCUCUCACACUUAUGAUGCCCUACUAUCUGCUCGACGGCCACAGCCCUCUACCUGUGGCCUUUGAGUAUAUUGGUUGGGAGCCUGCAAAGUACGUUGUGGCAGUGGGAUCCCUCUGUGCACUCUCGACAAGUCUCUUGGGAAUGAUGUUUCCAAUGCCGCGGGUGCUCUUUGCCAUGGCGAGAGACGGCUUGCUCUUCAAGCCUCUCUGUUAUAUGAGCUCCAGACAAAGUCCCGUCGUUGCCACGCUGUCUUCAGGAGCAGUGGCUGCUGUCAUGGUUCUGUUAUUUGACUUGAAGGCGCUUGUUGACAUGAGUUCAAUUGGGACCAUCUUUGCCUACACCCUUGUUGCAGUGUGUAUUCUCGUACUAAGGUACAAAGAAGGCCCCGGUCUUGUUCGUAGGCAGGAACUAUUUAGUUUGACGGGUCUGUUGAGGCCUCCAUCUCAACCCACUCACCGCACCUCUAAAAAUGUCAAUAUAGUCCUCAUCAUCAUUUUGUUGCUGGUGAUGGCCUUAAGCGUGCUGCUGUCAGAGGCUGUGCCCUCCCUUCGCAGAAGAGAGUUGUGGAGCAUGCUGCUCGUCUCUGUCCUCACGCUGACACUGGUCCUCGCCGUCAUUAUCAUCUGGAGACAGCCACAGAGCACAAACAAAGCGGCUUUUAUGGUUCCUGGUGUACCCAUAAUUCCAGUUUUAAGUAUCCUAAUGAAUACCUACCUGAUGGUUCAGCUUGGAGGAGAAACAUGGACCAGCUAUGCUAUCUGGAUGGCGUUAGGUCUGAUCAUCUAUUUUGGCUACGGGGUUCGUAAUAGCGUCCAAAAGCAAAGGCUGCGGGAGGCUCGUAUCCAACUAAAUACCGCUGUAAACGGUGACGUUGUGCGUUGAAUUGUGUUGCUGUCCACGUGCAUGGAACAACCUGAUCAAAGAAAUAUAGUUGAGGUCAUUUAGGAAUAACCUCGAUACCUAUUUUAGUAUUUUGAGUAUUCUGCCAGUUGAAUCAACUUUUUUUUCAUGGAUGAAUGUUUAUGCCAACUGCUUUUGUUAAAAGUAUUCUAUCAGUAUUGUAUAUAUUGUACCUGUAAUACAAGUGUCAUAUUAUCCAUUAUGACUAAUCAGUCUUUCAAGACUCUAAUCUUGGAUAUUUUUGUUUAACUUCUCGGUUUUGAAACUGACAAUUAAAAAAAAGUAUCUGUAUUGUAUGAAAAAUAAUAAAUUUGUAGAAAACA